CGCUGCCACAAACUCUGCACAGUCAGUAGGUCAGCAGCCUUCACUUACUUCCAGCGCUCUCUGCUCCAUCACCAACUGUCCAUCCAUCAUGAGGGAAAUCGUGCACAUCCAGGCCGGCCAGUGCGGGAACCAGAUUGGUGCUAAGUUCUGGGAGGUGAUCAGCGACGAGCACGGCAUCGACCCGACGGGCACCUACCACGGAGACAGCGACCUGCAGCUGGACAGGAUCAGCGUGUACUACAAUGAAGCCACAGGUGGGAAGUACGUGCCCAGGGCCAUCCUAGUUGACCUGGAGCCAGGAACCAUGGACUCAGUCCGUUCUGGACCCUUUGGGCAAAUCUUCAGACCCGACAACUUUGUCUUUGGUCAAAGUGGGGCAGGAAACAACUGGGCUAAAGGUCACUACACGGAGGGGGCCGAGCUGGUGGAUUCAGUCCUGGACGUGGUGAGGAAAGAGGCCGAGAGCUGCGAGUGCCUGCAGGGUUUCCAGCUCACGCACUCUCUGGGAGGAGGCACCGGCUCCGGCAUGGGAACCCUGCUCAUCAGCAAGAUCAGAGAGGAGUACCCCGACCGCAUCAUGAACACCUUCAGUGUGGUGCCCUCCCCUAAGGUAUCAGACACGGUGGUGGAGCCCUACAACGCCACGCUGUCCGUUCACCAGCUGGUAGAAAACACCGAUGAGACCUACUGCAUUGACAACGAAGCUCUUUAUGACAUUUGCUUCCGCACCCUCAAGCUCACUACGCCCACCUACGGCGACCUGAACCACCUGGUUUCGGCCACCAUGAGCGGCGUGACCACCUGUCUGCGUUUCCCCGGGCAGCUGAACGCCGAUCUGAGGAAGCUGGCCGUCAACAUGGUGCCCUUCCCUCGUCUCCAUUUCUUCAUGCCCGGCUUCGCCCCUCUCACCAGCCGGGGGAGCCAGCAGUACCGCGCCCUCACCGUGCCGGAGCUCACCCAGCAGGUGUUCGACGCCAAAAACAUGAUGGCAGCUUGCGACCCUCGCCACGGACGCUACCUGACGGUGGCCGCCGUGUUCCGUGGGCGCAUGUCCAUGAAGGAGGUGGAUGAGCAGAUGCUGAACGUCCAAAACAAGAACAGCAGCUACUUUGUGGAGUGGAUCCCCAACAAUGUCAAGACGGCCGUCUGCGACAUCCCGCCGCGAGGCCUCAAGAUGGCCGUGACCUUCAUCGGCAACAGCACGGCCAUUCAGGAGCUGUUCAAGCGCAUCUCCGAGCAGUUCACGGCCAUGUUCCGCCGCAAGGCCUUCCUCCACUGGUACACCGGCGAGGGCAUGGAUGAGAUGGAGUUCACCGAGGCAGAGAGCAACAUGAACGACCUGGUGUCAGAGUACCAGCAGUACCAGGACGCCACCGCCGAGGAGGAGGGGGAGUUUGAGGAGGAGGUGGAGGAAGAUGCCUAAGUGAAA